UCUAUAAUCUAUGUGUCACUCUGUGAAUGAAGUCAAGUCAAAAGUGUUUGUGUAAAUGAUUGUGAAACAAAGACUUAAAUGAGGCUCUGCAGAGAUUUAAUUUGUAACAUUACUCAUGAGUACGGAACAGACUCUAUUGAAUCUCGAUUUCGACAAACCGAAUUCAACAAUCACGCCGCCCGAUGACGGCGUGGUAUCGUUAUCGAGUAGUGCUGAAGAGAUUUGUCUAGUGCCUGAGAUCGGUUUCGAAGGCAACGUGGAUUCCCUAGGGGUAAACCGGGAGUCGCAGCCGCUGCUGGGCGGCCGCGGCGACUUCGAGGUGUCCUUCAAUCACUUCCCAGAUGAUCCUCAGUUCAGCGAGUUAGUAUGGCAAGCGGAGGUGGCCAUAGACAAUGGCAUCUACCCAGAGAGAAUAUACCAGGGCUCAAGCGGCUCCUACUUCGUCAAGAACCCUGGAGGGAAAAUAAUAGGAGUUUUCAAGCCUAAAGAUGAGGAGCCGUAUGGGCGGUUGAAUCCUAAAUGGACCAAGUGGAUGCACAAGUUGUGCUGCCCGUGUUGCUUCGGCCGCUCGUGUCUCAUCCCCAACCAGGGGUAUCUAUCUGAGGCGGGGGCCAGCCUCGUCGACUCCAAAAUAGGCCUCAAAAUUGUGCCAAAGACCAGGGUAGUGAAGCUGGUGUCGGAGACGUUCAACUACCUGCGGAUAGACCGGGAGCGCUCGCGACUCAAGCGUGCCAUCACCGAGCAGUUCCCCAACCUAAGGUUCAACAGGAUGGGGCUCCCGCCCAAGAUGGGUUCGUUCCAGUUAUUCGUAGAGGGGUUCAAAGACGCAGACUACUGGUUGCGUAGAUUCGAGCAGGACCCACCGCCGCCGCAUGUAAUGAGGAAGUUUCAACUGCAGUUUGAGAGGCUUGUGGUGCUCGACUACAUAAUACGGAACACGGACCGCGGCAACGACAACUGGCUCAUCAAGUACGACACGCCGCAGCAGGGCGACAGCGCGGAUAUGAGAGACAAUAACAUGCUGGAGGUGCGCAUUGCGGCUAUCGACAACGGGCUGGCGUUCCCGUUCAAGCACCCGGACUCGUGGCGCGCCUACCCGUACCAUUGGGCGUGGCUGCCGCAGGCUAAACAGCCUUUCAGCCAAGAGACCAAAGAGCUGGUUCUGCCACUGCUAUCAGACAUGAACUUCGUACAGGAGCUGUGUGACGAGUUGCACAUAUUAUUCAAGCAAGACAAGGGCUUCGACAAGGGUCUGUUCGAGCGGCAGAUGUCGGUGAUGCGCGGCCAGGUGCUCAACCUGACGCAGGCUCUCAAGGACAACAAGAGCCCCGUGCAGCUCGUGCAGAUGCCCGCUGUCAUAGUCGAGAGGUCUAAGAGCGGGUCGACUUCGUCGCGGUUCUUCGACUCAUUCCAGCAGCGAUUCCAGCAUAAGUCGCCGUUCUUCUCCUGGUGGUGAACGCUGGCGGGCCCAAUAUCAACCGCGGUGUCACUCCUACAGUGAAGCUGGUACCCAUAUUAUGUGUAAACACAACUGUAUGUAUAUUAUGUAUAUGUAUAAUGUAGAUUAGCGCAUUUUAAAAUUAUAAUUAUAAAAAUAGGUAAUAGUACUGCUGAAGUUGGAUUGGAGAGUAUAUUAUUAUUAAAAAUAAAAUAAACUUUUUAUUUUAAUAAUAGUAUAACAAGAAUAUGACUACUUAUAUUUUUGCUUUCAUUAUUUUUCUAUGCUACUUUUGUAAAUGUAUUUUGUUUAUAUGGUUUAAAUAUGAAACGGUACAGGCUCUUAAUACAAUGGUCAGCUUAGAAACCGUACACAAGCUGUUAUGUGAUAAAUAAGGUCGAACGCUUUUAAUUUCCACAGAAAGUAAAUAUAAUUUGUAUUCAAUAUGUCAUAUCAAGUCUCAAGGAAUGGACCGGACUAAUUUAGAUCGGGAAGAAUUGUUAGGUAAGUAAAAAUUUAAAAUAUAUGUUGUAGUUACACAAAUAACGCUGUUAAAAUUUUGAGAAAAUAAAUAUUAUUGUCUGUAAUUAACUUCGUUAGACACUAAGUUCCGAUCUUUGUAAAUAAAAUAGAUACUGUUUUGGAUUGAUUUGGUUCAACGUUUAUUAGUUCGUAUGAAAAUAAAUACUUAUAGUAUAUAAAUAUACACUUCUCAUCAAAAAAAUCGAAACACUUCCGUUUUCAUUGUUUCUGUCCGAAUUUAACACAAAAAAGAAUUCAUACGAUGAAAAAAAAUACAUAAAUGUAUAGCUGGCAGUUUGGCCAUUACAGUAAUAAGCGAAAAUUCUAAAUUCAAAAUUAGAAUUUCAUUUGUUUAUCUUAUAAACGAAAUGAAUCACUGUUUUGAGACAAAUGUGUGUUUAGGGUUGGAGUACAUUUAGCGUUUAAAAACUAAAAAUUGGCGCCUAUCCUUAAACUUUUUGUUUUUUAUUUCAAUACUGUGACUUUGGGACGUCUGAAAAAAGGUUUUUUUUCUAAAACGUAUGGAUACUUCGCCCACAGAAGCCGCCCAAGUUGUGGCAUUGCUGGAUUCUGGCCUUAGUCAGCGUGUUGUGGCUGCAAGACUGCAUCUAAGCCUAUCAUCUGUUCAUAGAGUCUAUAAACGUUAUCGGGAGACUGGUUUGUUCACGCGCCGUUCAGGAUCUGGCAGGAAUCGGGUCACUUCUGAGCGAGAUGAUCGAUUUAUUGUAACAACUUCUUUAAGAAAUCGACGCCUUAACGCUUUUCAACUGCAGCAACGGCUUCGUGUUGUACGAAGGGUGGCUGUAAGUGACUCUACAAUUAGAAGAAGGUUGAAGGAUCGUGGACUGGUACCGCAUAAGCCAGCAAAUGGGCCGAAAUUAACUGUAGACCAUCGAAGAGCGCGCCUUAACUUUGCACGUGAGCACCUAAAUUGGUCAUACCUACAGUGGAGCAAAGUUCUCUUUUCUGAUGAGUGUAAAAUUAUGCUGUAUGGUAACAACGGAAGGAACAAGGUCUACAGAAGAGACGGAGAACGCUAUGCACAAUGCUGCAUUGAAGAAAAGGUCAGCUAUGGUGGCGGUUCGUGGACGGUUUGGGGAGGAAUCAGCGCCGACGGUAAGACAGAGCUUGCUUUCGUGUCUGGGCCACGUCUGCCUGCACUAAACUGUCAUCGGUACGUCGAAGAGUGUCUCGAGCCUCAUGUGAUGCCCUAUGCACAUUUUAUUGGCAACGGCUUCAUAUUCAUGCACGACAAUGCUAGGGCUCACACCGCGGGCGUCGUACGAGAUUAUCUUAACGAAGUCGAUAUCUCUAUUAUGGAAUGGCCAGCAAGAAGCCCGGACAUGAAUCCCAUUGAACAUCUGUGGGAUGAAUUAAAGAGACGAAUUCGAGCAAGAGAUCCUGCCCCAGAAACACUUAGCCAGCUGCAAGAUGCAAUCCAAGAGAAAUGGGACAAUAUACCACAGCAUGUGAUCGUGACUCUCAUCCGAUCGAUGAAGAACCGUAUGGAAGCAGUAAUUAGAGCUCGGGGAGGGAAUACAAGUUAUUAAAUAAACGUUUUUUAGCUUUUUUUUUCAUUUACGUGUGUUGUUUUAUCCAUUUCCUUUAUACUCCAUACGGAAUAAAAAUGACUCAUUUAACAAAAUACGAAACCUAUGAAAAAUUCAUUUAAAUUUAGAACAUUAACAUUAAGAUUUGAUAAGCUCAUAUUACUCACUAUUAAACGACAUUUAACAUUUAUUCCUAAAUGUACACAUUUUUCUGAUAAUCCUGACAAAACGUAAACUUGCAAGGUGUUUCGAUUUUUUUGAUGAGAAGUGUAUAACAAUCACUGAACUAAUUCAAGCAAGUGCCUGCCUAGGUAUUCUGAGUUUGCCCGAUUUCUGACUUUAGCAGUAGCACUGAUAUAGAGCGGUCGUGUUUUGACCAAGCUAGUCGAAUUUGCUUUUCUGAGAUGGUAUAUUUUAUUUUUAAAAUACUUCAUUUCCGACAGCGAAUACCUGUAUAUUUUAUACAUAACGAAUUAGCAUAGGCUUUAACUAAUUAAUAACUUUAUUUAAUCUUAUCUAUUAAACUCAAUCGAAGCUUGCCUAUUGCUUUUAUACUAGUUUCAUAGUUGUAUAAUUUAUACAUAUUUUUUUAUUUUAACGUGUAAUGUCACGAUUUCAUGACACUCAACAUCUCAGAUUAGCAAUUCUUUUAAAUACUGAAGUGUUUAUUUGAUAAUUGAUAGAAAACAUUAUACACGAUGUUAGCGAAUGUUCAAAUCUUUGCCUGAUUUCUUAUCGCGGCACUUGGUAACCACAACUAUAUUAUCACAUGGAUCAUUUUAUAUCGUUGAUAGAAUUUAUGUACUCUUUUGUGAAUUGGAUUCGUUUUGCAUCACAAUAACUACUCAUACAACGUGUACACAACGUAAACUCUUUUGAAUGUCUUUCUUCAUUAUCAUUCGUAAAUAGUUAUUCCAGUUUCGCUACAAUUAUAUUAAAAUAAGUAAUCGAUAGCAGGCGGGCCCAAAUCACUAAAGACUUUAGAUGAACUGUAACCCUGUGUCUAUCUAUUACCCAAUAUAGUUAUAAUUUAUUACUCAUACUUUUCGAACACAGUCAAGUGCCUCAUGUUUUAACAUUGGACAUAGGUUUUUCUUACUUUAAUUUAGUGCAGAUUAUAGUACAACCGUUGUUAAUUUAUUCCGUUUAAUUGUACAAGGGAAGUAGGUAAAGAUUGUCUUAUGUUUAGGCGUCACGGUCGCUAGGCAGAUGCGCAUAUUACUGGGUCAGCGUAGCGCCUUCGCCUCUCAUUGGCUGGGACUUCAGAAAACGUAGUAGCUGCAUAAAAUUGAUCGACUGUGGGCAACCAGAAAUUUAAUUUCACAGGACUAUUGAUGAAACAUGUUUACUAUUCCAUGAUUAAUUAAAAAAAAAAUAUCUCCACAUGUAUCCACCCAAGAGGCAUGCGCAGACCACACCACCGGUUGGUCAAGCCAUCCACCAUAUUUUUAGUAAUUGUACGACGUGUGUACCAUAUUUAUACAAUAACUUUUUCAUAAUUUAUACCUAAUGGAUGGAUUUUGGAUCAAGGUUGAAUGGAUCAAGAAACGUUGCUUGAUAUGCGCAACAUUCAAAACCUAGCGACAGAUGUCUUUAAACAAAAACAUUUUAAUGAUCAAGUAGUUAAUUGAAUUAUCAUAUGUUAUUACGUGUAAUCUAUAAUAUGGAAGAUGUAUGUAUGUGAUGUAAGGGAAACAGUUGUGUGGAAAGAAAUUGAUACAUUUUUAUUUACAAGGGGGGCUUUUGUCGAAUAAUAUAAUAAUGUUUGGAUCGUAGAUAAUUGACAUCACGUGGUUUCCAGGACUUUUGCCCGGUUAAUGGCAAUAGGCUCGCCCCCUAUUAGGGACGCAACCGGCGAGGGGAGGCUGCAGUACACACUUCUGCCUGGGCGUGAUGUUAUGUUAUUCUAAUAAAAUUGGUUAAUAAGGGCGAAAACUGAAGCUUGUCUACAAUUUGCGGUGUAUUGCGUCGCCGCAACGCACUGUUAAAACAUAUUGCCUAGUUUUUUAUGAAUCUUUGACAGUGCUUUGCGGCAAGAAGCCCUUCUCGUGUCAACUUAGGUAAUGAAUUUUCACAAUUGAUGAAAAAUAACGGUUUGCAGCACCUCUGUAACGGAGGGUUUUGUAUUUUCUUUUCACUAGUUUUCUAGAGAUGAUUUAUAUAAUUACACAGUUACCAUUGAAACUGUUAUAGCUGUUUUUGUUCCGAUAUACGCCCUAUGUAUACGAUCGAUUUCUUUCGACAUGGAUUUGUGAAAGUAAUUCCACAAUUAUACCUGAGUUGAGAGUUUUUUUUUCAUGUUAUAUGCAUUAUUUAAUUUUGGAGAAAAAUAUAAUCACCAUUGCAUUUUAA